AUGCAUUUAUCCAAGGAGACCUAUAUGAAGAAGUGCAUAUGGAACUGCCUCAGGGCUUCAGAAGACAGGGGAAGACAAAAGAGACAGAAUGUUUUAAACAGGAAGUUCAAAGUGAAGGAUCUUGGAGAAUUGAGGUAUUUCCUAGGGAUAGAAGUCAUGAGAUCCAACCAAGGGAUUUUAUUGAACCAGAGAAAGUAUGCACUUCAACUGGUGUGUGAUGUAGGUCUAGGAUCAACAAAGCCAGCAGCUACUCCACUUGAUAUGAAUCAAAAGUUCACCUCAGUAGAGUUUGAUAAACAUGUUGGAGUAGCUGGAGAUGAAAUGUUGACAUGCAUUUCAGCCUAUCAGAGGUUGAUUGGCAGGUUGAUAUACCUAACAAUCACUAGGCCAGAUAUCAUAUUUGUUGUGCAAACAUUGAGCCAAUUCAUGUAA